AUGCCAGCAAUACCAGAAGAGCCGGUCGUGGUAGCAGCCGUCACGGAAUCGAUAACUUUAGAGGUCCCACCAGCAAUACCGGUGGAGCCGAAAUCCGAACGCCCAUCGGUAGCGGAUUCUCCUGUUCCUGCGAAGCGUCCUCCGUCGCCAGAGCAGUUGGAGGCUCUUCAUGCGGCAGCAACAUCCGGCGACUUGAAGCGCGUGCAGACCGUGUUCACAAAAGCGGUACAUCAUGGUGACGUCGAGAGUUUUGCACUCGCCAACGACGCCCCCUCGCGUAUUGGCCAGACUGCUUUGCAUGCAGCAUCAAGCAGGGGAUACCUAGCCAUCGUGCGGUGGUGUACGUGUUUGUUGGUGGAAGACUGUGGCGCUAUGCCUGAUAUCGAAGACAGGGAGAGCGAGACCGCACUGCACAAAGCCGCGCUGAACGGUCAUCUGCACAUUGUGACCUAUCUGCUACCUGACAAGGCCGAUGUACAUGCACAGGACGCUGACGGAUGGACCGCAUUGCAUAACGCGUGCUCGAAGGGAUAUCUUGAUAUUGUACGAUGGUUAUGCGAGAACGGAGGGGCAGCUGUUGAAGUAGAUGGGGUACGAGGGGUCGACACAAGGAGCAAAGGAGGCUGGACGCCUCUUAUGAAUGCCGCUUCCAAGGGGCAUCUUCCAGUCGUACUGUAUCUCCUAACGAAACAGUCAGCGGAUCCAUUCGUGAGGAACAACUGGGGGGAGACUGCAUACGACGUUGCCGCAGCGGUGUUCGAGGUGUGGAUAUGCGAGGUGCUACAAAAGGCGGAAGCCGAACGGUGGCAAAGCCCUACUAUGCCAUAUAAUCCUCUGGCGGUCCAUACUACAGUGCCGCUGGUGCUGUACGAAAGUCAACGACUCGACAUGCGCUUGAAGACGCUCGCGGUAUCUGGCGGGCGGCCCAGAUUCUCUGCCUCCGGUCUCGGCAAACGAGGCAGGCGGGCGCCGUUCGAGCUCCGCUUGCCUGCGCCUGAGCAGACUACUGGAAAGAAGGAGAUUGCGGCGUGGCGCAGCGACGUGCAAUUGCCGUUACGAGAAGACCCAUGGACGUUGCCGCGGCCUGGAUCCUCGAGGGAGGGGACCGAGCGGAGUCAUUUCUGGCUAUCUGAUUGGACAUUAGACGUCACCCACCCCGGUGUCGACGCGGAAGAUGGGUGGCAGUAUGCACAUAGCCUUGAUGAUCCGGAUGAAGAGUGGACAGCGGAACAGCCGCCUCAGUUGGAGCGUCUGCUUAGUGGCAACGGUACAAUGACCGCUGGGCUCGGUAGCAAUAGAUCUCGGAGUAGCAGCGGUGCGAGCUCGAGUUCUGCCCCGCGCCGCGACGCCAAUCCCCAGUCAUGGGCGCGCCGUCGCCGUUGGGUACGAGUCAUGCGCCGCAGGUUGGACAUUCCACCGUUGCCUUUCUUGCAGCCCAACGGCCAGCUGUACCAUGUUGGGCCAGACGGCACGAUGAUUCCCUAUGAGGAGCACGACGACAGUGACUUCGGUGAUGGCGAAGGUCAGGAGCUGAGCGCUAUACCCAGAAGCGUGCUGUCAUCUGCGCAAGACUAUGUGGCGAGAGCACGAUACCUUGCAGGUACUCAACAUGGAGAUACGGAGUCGGUCAAUGGAUUUAAUUCUGCUCUGGAAGCACGGAGAGCUAUUGCUAAGCUGGAACGCGCGACCACAGAGUUGCGCCAGGGCAUUCUCAAUGACUCUGACGUUGAGCGGAAGACGCAGGCCGAGGUGCUCAUGAAUGCAUACAGCCGCGAACUGGAGCGGAGGCGUCUCGCUGCCGGCGCGCAAGGGCUCCUGUUGACAGAAGGUGAGGACGACGAGAUCGAUGAUGAUGACUCGGACGACGAGUUCCACUAUCCGGGCUCGGAACCCGUCCACACUCCGCGAGCACCCUCGAUUCGGUCGUCGACCACAGACUAUUUCGCUCGCUCAGGCUCCCGAGGUCCUACAGAUCUCACUCCCCAUCUUUCGCAAGCACCCGAGUUCCGCGUCCCUACUCACGAAGCACCCCAGAAAGUACUCACGCCGAGGUGGACGCCGCCGACACCCCAUCAAAUUCAUGCACAGUGGGAGAGGGAUGAUUCUGUCAGCGAAUGUCGCGAAUGCAAACGCAGGUUCAACUUCCUGACUCGUCGACAGCAUUGUCGCCGGUGUGGCAAGAUUUUCUGUGAUCGGUGCUCCUCCUGGCGGGCGCUACUCGACCCCUCGGACGUCGUGCACGACCCGUCGUUUCCUGAGACGCCCCAUUCGCCCACAACGCAAAGAGUGUGCCGGGCCUGCUAUGAAGAGGUGACCGCGAGUGUUCCGAAUGGCUUGCAAAGCAGUCGAACGACCUCGAUGGAGCGGAUUGUCAUUGACCAGAGAAGGCUUACCAUCCCCAGUCCCACCAGUGGGCACACAAGCUCGCAGCUGAGUGACCUUGCGGAAUGUCCGGUCUGUAAUUCCAACUUGUCCGACCUAGGGCCGGCUGCGGUGCAAGAAGCCCAUGUCAGAAACUGUCUAGAAGGCGGCAGUGGAGCCGCACCGCAAACGGCCAAAUAUCUAGUCUACAAGCUGCCUGCAGAAAGUGCUCUAAUCGGUGUAGAAUGUGCGAUCUGUCUUGAGGAGUUUGUCAAAGGAUCCACUGUCGCUCGUCUCAGCUGCUUAUGUAGCUUCCACAACGCUUGCUUAUCGUCCUGGCUCCAGAGGGGAAGGAGUUGUCCUGUUCACGCUCGUUAAUGGUGGUUCUGCCUUGUGCUUGCUAUAUCUUGCCGCGGAUUUUGUGCUAUUGUCACACCUAUGGAUACCGAUCAUGUUACACAUGGAUUAACUGGAUAAUCUUCCUAUUCUUC